GCUACGAGGUGAUCGUCGGCAACCCGGGCCAAUCACAGUGGGCUUGGGAGGAGUUCAAGGGCUUGGAGGUGUGUCUGGAAAAAUCAAGUGUGGCUCCGCAUACUGAGUGCAAGUGGGGGAGAAAUGGCAUGAAUACAGCCUCAUAGUGUUUAGACAAGCGUUACUGUGCGCGCGUUGGAAACUUGUUUAGCCAGCCAGUCUCAAUUUUAGCUUGUGGAGAUUGAGAGGUUUACCCGCAGCACAGUCGGCGAAACUUAGUCAAAGGGAGAGAAAACAGCCCCCCCCCGCAGCACCACCCCACCAAGUACCUAAAGUGACGCUGAUUUGGCCCCGAAACGAGCCUGGCUGUGGCGUGAUUGCUUCAAGCAAGGAUACGCUGUUGGACAUGUGAAAUUCAAGGAAAUAACCGGCAAGCGCAACAAUGAAACAAACGACUGUCCUGCUUUGCCUCGACUUUUUCCUGACGUCCCUCCUGUUGGGGUCGAGUUCCUCACAAUCAGAGCUUGAGGGUGAUUACUCGUCUCUACUCUGUCUCCUGCUGGCCUGCACUCACACUGCGCUGCACUCAUCGGCACGUCAGCAUGUGCAUGUGAGCUUUACAACACUGUAUCGCUUAUGCGCUGGCACAGAGAACAAGCUGAGUACGCUGUCAGACCUGGAUCAGCAGUAUCGCACCCUGCGGAAGUACUACGAGAGUUGUGAAGUCGUAAUGGGGAACCUUGAAAUCACAAGCAUUGACCGCAGUCGAGACCUGUCUUUCCUCAGAUCAAUCCGGGAAGUGACAGGCUAUGUGCUGGUGGCUCUCAACCAGUUUGACUACUUGCCACUGGAGAACUUGCGAAUCAUCCGGGGGACUAAGUUGUACGACAACCACUACUCACUUGCAAUCUUCCUCAACUACAGACACGAUGGAAACUUUGGCCUGCGUCAGUUGGGUCUGAAGAACCUCACGGAAGCUGAUCUUUCCCUUGGAGCUUCACAUGCAACUCAUUCAUGUGUCAGUAUGUUCACAGAAAAAGAGCUCCUGAGUGGAGGUGUCUACGUCGACCAAAACAAGUUCUUGUGUCACGCAGACACCAUUCAUUGGCAAGACAUUGUCAAGAACUCUGGCAUCUAUCCUGUUGUGGUACCAACCAACAGCAGUGUCACAUGUCAGAAGUGCCAUCGCUCCUGUAAUGGCCGUUGCUGGGGGCCCAAAGAGGAUCAGUGCCAAAGCUUAACUAAAACGGUGUGUGCUGAGCAGUGUGAUGGCCGCUGUUUUGGUCCCUAUGUGAGUGACUGCUGCCACCGUGAGUGUGCAGGUGGCUGCUUUGGUCCAAAAGACACUGACUGCUUUGCAUGUACAAACUUCAAUGACAGCGGAGCGUGUGUGACGCAGUGUCCCCAGCCUUUUGCAUACAACCCCACCACAUUCCAGGUGCAACACAAUCCUAGGGCAAAAUACACUUACGGAGCCUUCUGUGUGAAGAAGUGUCCACAUAAUUUUGUAGUGGACCAGAGCUCCUGUGUGAGAGCGUGUCCCAGUAACAAGAUGGAGGUGGAGGAGAACCGCAUCAAGAUGUGCAUUCCUUGUACUGACAUCUGCCCAAAAGCAUGUGAUGGCAUUGGAACUGCCAGUCUACAGACAGCUCAGACAGUGGACUCCAGCAACAUUGACAAGUUUAUAAAUUGCACCAAAAUCAAUGGCAAUUUGGUUUUUCUCAUCACUGGAAUUAAAGGGGAUGUCUAUCAUAACAUUGAAGGCUUGGAUCCAGAAAAACUUCAUGUGUUCCGCACUGUCAGGGAAAUUACAGGCUUUCUGAACAUCCAGUCUUGGCCUGACAACAUAACAGACUUGAGUGUUUUCAGCAACUUGGUAACAAUCGGGGGAAGAUCUCUAUACAGCGGAAUCUCCCUGCUGGUGUUAAAGCAGCAUGGCAUCUUAUCACUUCAACUUCAGUCACUCCGUGAGAUCAGUGCGGGGAAUGUGCACAUUGCAGAGAACAGCCAGCUGUGUUACUACAACACAGUCAACUGGACCCGACUGUUCCGUGCUGCCAACCAGAAAGCUCUGACCCGCAAUAACCGAAACCCACAGGCGUGCUACAAGGAGCAUAUGGUGUGUGACCCAUUAUGUUCUGACUCUGGAUGUUGGGGACCUGGCCCAGACCAAUGUCUCUCGUGCAGGGACUUCAGCAGAGGACAAAUUUGUGUUGAAAGCUGCAACUUGUAUGAAGGGGAGAUUCGGGAGUUUGCCAACGGGUCUGUGUGUGCGGAGUGCGAUUCCCAAUGUGAACGAAGUGACAGCGACUCUUUGACCUGUCACGGUCCUGGCCCAGAGCAUUGUGUGAAAUGCAGCCAUUUUAAGGAUGGCCCUAACUGUGUGGAAAAGUGCCCCGACGGGCUGCAAGGCGCAAACAGUUUUAUCUUUAAGUAUGCUGAAAGCAACAAUGAGUGUCAUCCUUGCCAUGCCAACUGCACACAAGGGUGUACUGGACCAAGACCUCAAGACUGUAUUGGAUGGAUGGACAGAACCCCUUUGAUUGCAGCAGGGGUGAUCGGCAGCCUCUUCAUGGUGGUUAUCAUUGUGCUUAGUGUGGCCGUGUCUGUGCGCCGGAAGAACAUCAAGAAGAAGAGGGCCCUCCGUCGCUUCCUGGAGACAGAGCUGGUCGAACCUUUGACACCCAGUGGGACAGCACCCAACCAAGCUCAGCUUCGGAUCCUGAAGGAGACGGAACUCAAAAGAGUCAAGAUCCUCGGUUCUGGGGCCUUUGGGACUGUGUACAAGGGGAUUUGGAUUCCAGAAGGUGAAACAGUUAAGAUACCUGUAGCCAUCAAAAUCCUAAAUGAAGCCACAGGGCCCAAGGCAAACGUGGAGUUCAUGGACGAGGCGCUGAUCAUGGCCAGCAUGGAGCACCCUCACCUGGUGCGUCUGCUGGGCGUCUGCCUGAGUCCCACCAUCCAGCUGGUUACGCAACUGAUGCCUCACGGGUGCCUUCUCGACUACGUCUACGAGCAUAAGGACAACAUCGGAUCCCAGCUGUUGCUCAACUGGUGUGUCCAGAUUGCUAAGGGGAUGAUGUAUCUGGAGGAGCGCAGGCUGGUCCACAGGGAUCUGGCAGCCCGAAACGUCCUGGUGAAAUCUCCCAACCAUAUAAAGAUUACCGACUUUGGCUUAGCUCGCUUACUGGACGUUAAUGAGAAGGAAUACAAUGCGGAUGGAGGAAAGAUGCCCAUUAAAUGGAUGGCCCUGGAGUGUAUUCAUUACAGGAAGUUUACGCAUCAGAGUGACGUUUGGAGUUACGGGGUAACAAUUUGGGAGUUAUUGACCUUUGGAGGCAAACCGUUCGAUGGAAUUCCAACCAGGGAUGUUCCAGACCUACUGGAGAAAGGGGAGCGUCUCCCACAGCCUCCCAUCUGCACCAUUGAUGUCUACAUGGUUUUAGUCAAAUGCUGGAUGAUUGAUGCAGACAGCAGACCCAAGUUCAGAGAGCUGGCUGCAGAGUUCACCAGGAUGGCCCGAGAUCCGCAGCGAUACCUCGUUAUUCAAGGGGAUGACCGCAUGAAACUGCCUAGUCCAAACGAUAGCAAGUUCUUCCAAAGUCUCCUGGAUGAAGAGGAGCUGGAAGACCUGAUGGAUGCUGAGGAGUAUGUUGUGCCCCAUUCCCUCAGUGUCCCACCUCUGACGUACACUUCAAAAACACGCGUGGACCCCAGCAAGUUUUGCUACCAGGAUCCUAAUUUUAGCAGGCAGGACACAAUGGCCACCCUCCCCAGAGUCGUCUCUCUUCCCCCUGUGAGAGCCCCCUGUCUGGUUUCCCAGGACCUGGCAUCUGGGGGGCAGGCUGGUGGUGGAUUUGUCCAUGGCCAUCAAGAAGAUCCACGAUGUAAUGGCACUCUAAGGAAGCAGGCCUCCCCGAGAUCAAGCAUCCUUGUGGCUGGCUCAGUGCUUUCUACAGGACAAGGUGGGCGGGAAGACUGUAGUGGACAGCGUUACAGCGCAGACCCAACUGGUCUCCUUGCUGAACGAGGAGCCAAGGGAGAGAAGGAACAGGAUCCAUACAAGACUACCAUGAGAGAGAAGAAGAGUUCAGAAUACAUCAACCCUGUUGAGGAAAACCCCUUCAUUACACGUCGUAGAAACGGAGAAGCCCAUGUCGUGGUUGACGGAGCGGGCUGCCACACUCUGCAUAUGGCCGGAGCUGAUGCCGCAGCCGCCACCUCUGGCGGCCAUUCCACCCACAGGAACGAUGAGUAUGUCAACGAGCCACUUUACCUGAAUACCAUUCUAAACCCCGGCGACAAGAACGGAUUAGCUUCCGCUGUGUCCUUCUCUAUCCCUGGGACCUCUGCUCCCCAGACAGUAUCACAGACAGUCAACAAAUCAACGACAAGCCACGCAGUCCCUUCCUCCGGAUACGUGCUCGCCCCUGGUCACCUCCCUCACCCAGCGUACCCUUCACAUACCCUACACCCGGGUCAUUCGGGACAUGCUCUGCACUCAGGCAUUACAGCCGGCACCAUCAUGAUUGAUAAGAAAGGCAAGAAGGCUUCUUUUGACAAUCCUGAAUACUGGCAACACAGUCUCCCUCCGAAAACAUCUCUGCACAACCCAGAGUACCUGCAGGACUGCAGCACACGCUUUUUCUAUCGGCAGAAUGGACGUAUACGCCCUGCUGUUGCUGAAAACCAGGAAUACUUAUCUGAGGCCGCCAUGAAAGCUGGCAACGUGUUACCGCCCCCUCCCUACAGACAAAGGAACACUGUAGUGUAGUUUCCCACCUGUAGCACGCAAAUAAAGACGGGGUAGGUUGUGGAGAAGAAUGAAGCUUGAGCAAAUUCUCACAUUACCAAACAGUGUUUCUUGAACUGGCUGCUUCUUGGAACUGGUGUGGAAGCCUCUAUCAUUUCAUUCUGGCUCAAAGACUCAGCAUGUACUGACAGUGCUACGUUAGCCAUAUUACAAAAUUCUUCUAGAGCUUUUCUUACCUGCUAUAUUUUUUCUUUUCCAUCUCUAACUGUGGUAGUUUAAGAUACCUAAAAGCAAUCCAGAGUGCAGAUUUAAUAUGAUGGGGGAAAGGGCCCAAUAGUAGUGGCUUGCCAAAAGAGAGGUUCAUUGCCAUGACUGAUUUAUUUAACUUCUACAUAGCCACAUAGCCAUAGCCAUAGCCACCAAUCCCCAUGACCGUACUUGAAUACUUCGCACAUACUAGGUGAACUUGCUCAUGGCAGCAAUCCCACAUUGGCAUUGCUUGUGUUUAGCCUGGGAAAGUGAUGCAAGCCGGCGGAGUUGUCGUGACUUGCCAGCAAAAACCUGCGGUCAUGCUAGAGAGCCCAGAUGUUGCAAGCCCACACACUCCUUUUGCAUGUUGUUCCAACAGUAAUGGAAAUCAAAUAUUUAUCACAUGCAGUAUUGUUCUUUACACAUGCCGCCAGCCUUGACACGCCAAUAUAAUCUCCGAACGCGAAUGCAUAACCAAAUGCAUUCAUGAGUCAGAUAAACCCUCUGGCCACUUGAAACGUAUUCUGCAGGAAAAGUGCCAUUAACCUUCAGAUGGAAUUCACUAUGUACUUGUACAUAUAACGAUGCAUGUGCUGUGCACAAAAAGGGUCCAUGUUAAAUAAAUGUCAGUUCAAUUUUGUAGAAAGUUAGCUUAAUGUCUGAUGGAAAGCAUUUUACGGAUUAAUGGCAUGACUUCAAUGUAAAUGCUUGAAAGUUAACUAUCCAAGGUUUUGUUACAUUUUAUUUCAUGCCGUUCAGAUCAAUCCUGCCCGGUUUAAUAAAUCAUUCUGCAUAGUUAACACAUUUGACAAAUUCUUUCUUUGUCUACAAUCAAAACUUUCUUCAUGGUUUACUUGAUCCAGUGUUGUUGUUUUUCGGAUAUGCCACGACAUCUUCAAAUCCAAAUCAGGCCUUAAUUCCAUUCAGAUCAAAAGUAUAUAUGAAUCAGAUAGAGUCGCUGGACAUCAAAACAAUCACAUGUUUUGCUGUGUGCAGGGACUGCGUUUCAUAAAGUGGUAUCUGGGGAUGGACUCCUGUACAAGCAACCUCUUGCACAUGCAAAGCAUGCAUACGGGUUUUCUAAUCACAAUACAAAAUGGGAUCAAAGAUCAAUCACUAUUUGGGUUAAGUUCUGUAGUUCCACAUUCAAUUCACAAAUCAUGUGCUUUGAUUUUGUAGAAGACCCUUUUUGUACCCAGCAUGACUGUGUUCCGUUGAGGACAGAUCAAGAACCAUAAAGGCAUAAGAUAUAUGUAUUUUGAUGUAUUUGGUGUGAGAGUAAGUCUCUUUCUCAGGUCCAGUCGGUAAACUCUGACCUGGAAAAGAUCCUUCUGGAUAGACACUAAUUCCCACACACACACUUCCAAAAGUUCUGUUCUCUUCCUUUUUUUUUUUUUUUUUUGGAAGCUGUUGUAGCUCCAAAGAGAGUCCAUAGAUGAUCCGGCUCAAUCAAUUAUGUCCAUAUAGUGUACUUAUGUUACUCAUGUAAGGUGAGAAGUGGUGAUGUUUGCUUUGUCAAAAGUCAGUUAUAUAAGUCACUUUUUCGCCACCAGCCAAAUAGGGUUAUUGGCCCUCAUAUGUGUAUAAGUACAUAAAUGAUAGUAGUUGAGAGUCAGCACCGGGCUUCAUAAUGGAUCUUAAUGGAAAGAAAAGCCAGUCUUAUGGAAGAGAAAACCAGUCCGGGCUCUCCUAUAUGAAAGGGGCUUUUAGCUUUCUGAACGCUACUUCAUCCACUUUCCCUUGUUUUUCUGAGGGGGAAAUUGUGUCCCCCAACAUCUCCCAUUGCACCCACUCACAAAGCUUCAACGACAGGCAAUAGCCUGUAAUCUCUCAGCAUGAAGGAGACGAACGUAUUAGCAUUCGAAAAACGUUACCUCACCAAUGCGUCAAUGUUUUAUGAAAGGUAGGCAGUAAGAUGGUGCAACAACUGCGAAAGUUGACUGUAAGUGUCAUCCUUGUUCUCGUAUCUUUACCUUCCAGGUGAAGUCCAUGUAGUAGCAACAUCGGCUGGUGAAGUAAAAACAGAGUAUACUGAAUCCAAAAAAAAAAAAAAAUAAUGGCCCAGAAUUCACACAAUUCGGAAGUCUAUCUAAAUUUCUGAGCAGGAUAUAUGCUUAAAAAGACACAAUAAUAGUGGGAACUAUUACAAAUGGAAAGGCUAGCAAGAACUCACGAAAAUGUUUCUUGAAACACUGCAUAUGCAUUUAAUAAAAGUUUAUACUGGAGAAAAUUUGACACUGAAUCAAGCUAAUUCAAUUUUCAGCACUAUUUUCUAUGGGAUCAGCAGUCCAAAAUGGAUUUUGUUCCUCUUUAAAGGUUCCAUUGCAAUGCAGAAAAGGCAUUUUUUUAAGAAUACUUGUGUUAAAUGUGAAGGUCAGCUUAGAUUCAUCCAUAUUUUACAGCAGAAGAAGCCCCUUUAAGCUCUCCUUAUCCACUAAUUCAGCUUUAUUGUCACUUUUAUCGUAUGUACCAACACUGUACAACGAGGGUAGAAUAUGUAUGGAUGUCCAGAGAGGAGUGAAAUAUUUGUUUACGGUUUUUAGCAAGCAAUGAAAAUGAUCAUCGGAAGAGUUACAUUUAAUAAACUGUUGAAGAAUCUUUUUUUUUCCUCCAUAAAUUCACAUUUAAAUUGCUUUCCGACGUGUCAAGGCUCUAGGGCUCCGUACCCAUAAGCAUUAAAAAAAGAUAAUGUAUGUCUUCACAAAGAAAAUGUGCACCUAGUAUUUUUCUUUUUAUUAUUAUCUUAUACAAGUUUUUCUAAUGACUUAUUGCUUCGACGUUCUGAUUCAGCAUCUCAGUCAUUUGACGGUUUUUAGCUUGAUAAAAUGUAGCGAUCGGAAUUGAUCAGUUGAUCAUGUUAGAUUUGUAUCGAACUGACUGGAAAAGGACCUGUAAAAAAAAAAAAAAAAAACAUAUAUAAUAUUAUCCCACCUCAUUUCCUGACUGACAUGAUGAUUUUUUUUAAUGUACUGAAAAGGGUGUGAUUUGUCAUUUAAAAACUGAAUAGGCGAGCUGAUUUUACAGCAUGUUGCUCAUGUCUAUUAGCUUUCUGUCUAGAAAAAAUACAAUUAACCACUCUUGAAAAUACAUAUGGGGGACCUGUGAAGUAAAAUAAAGAUUUCUGUCAUUGUAAUUCAUCCUGUCAAAGAAUGAGGACUUUGGAAUGUUUAUCUCCUUGAAGUGGGACCUUUGUUUCAAAUUUCCUUGGUUUGGUUUUUCAAGAACUUGAAAAGCAAAUACUACUUUUGUGGGAACAUAUAUCGAAAUCACUCAUCUAGGAACUGUUGCUGCCAGUGCAUCAUAAGACUUUAAGUCUAAGAUCAUAAGACUUCAAAACUUUUUUUUAAACCAGAACAAACUGCGUGUAUGUAAUAUAAUGUAUAAAAUGUGUGUGCCUCCCACAAAUGAUUUAUAAAGUGUGCAUUGAUAGAGCGCCAUCGCAAAAGGGACAUUUUUUACAAUAUAAUCACAGUAUUGUGCUCCUGAAAAAUUCAUCAAUAUAUUUGUUCUAACGUAAUCACAAAUAUUUGGGGUCAUGUGUCGAUCAUUAGUUUAAUGGCUCAAUUAAAAAUACUGUAAUUUUAUUUGUCAUAGGUGGCAGCUGUAAAUACGGCAACAUUUCUUUUCCGAGCUGAGGAUUUUUUUAUUUCUCUUCGCAUUGAUGCAUUUGAGUGACUAUCUGUAUUCUUUGGAGGACCUGAUUUCUGUAAAUAGCUAUAAAGUAUACAUGCAUAUACAGUAUAUAUAUAUAUAUAUGUAUAUAUAUAUAUAUGU